GCGACUACCCUUCUUUUCCUUUUUUUUUCGCUGGGCUGUGGAAUCGGGCAUCUCGGCCGCACAGAAAGGGACGCCGAUUCCUUGAACACGUGAGCCGUGGGCAGGUGAACAGGCGGGCCCUUGAACAAGCAAGAUGCUCGACGAAAACCUGCCAGCUUUCCGGCUCAAGCAGUCCUCCGAUAACCCUCACUCAAGCAUACUGUAUUUCACACAGAACGGAUCCGAGCCGACACCCGAGUAUUUGAUCCGGCGGGCGGACCCCUCACUGCCCGCUGCUCAGAAUAAGUACGGCAUUGCAAUAUGCGAUCCGUACAACACCGGCGUGGUCUACGGGGAGGUCGUGGUCGAGCCCGAAUGGUCCCAACCCACCCUUUCGGCCGCCGAGAUCCGCGCCCAAGCUCAGGCCGGUGCACCCUCAGCCCCAGCCGUGGCGGUUGUCCCAGACAGCUUCACUGUUCUGCUUUACAAUCCCGACCAGUCGGUAACGGUCAAGCUGGUCCCCGGCUCAUGGGGGAAGAGCGACACGUGGGAGUUCGAGCUCCCCGAGAGGUCAUUUCGCACCCCGACGGCCAGCGAGUUGGACCGCGAACAGCAGAACAGCUCGCCUGCAGCUGCCGACUUGAUCUCGCGUAUCAUGUUUCGGUGGAAGAAGGACGGCCUGCUCAGCAAGGAUAUGACGUGCUACAUGACGGGGAAGAGGGUUGGCGCACGCAAAAACAAGGAGCCCGAUAUCACCGUCGCGCUGUUCAAGGCCUCCCGCGAGAGCGUCUUGACCCUCUAUCAGCCCAACCUUCACCGGGUCGAGCUGGAGGACCGUAAGGGGCUCGAACUAGUCCUGCUGCUAGCUUCCGAGGUCAUCAAAGACUUCUGGCUGGUCCCCAAGCCCAACCUCUUCAACGUCCGGGGUGGUGGAACUCCAGUUCUCAACGGAGCCAAGAGGAAGAACUCACGCCCCGCCGCCAGCGCAGCUGUGGCAACCCCAGCGGCCAUGUCCGGAGCACUCGCCAAUGUCCCUCCUCCUCAAAACGCCACCUCCACUGUACCUGCAGCAGCACCGAAGACGAACACCCCCCCGCCACCCGCCACGAUCGACGCCGAGACACGCCGCCUGCAGGCCAUGGUCGAGCGUGAGCAGCGCGAGCAACGCGAGCGCGAAAAAGCCGAGCGCGAAAAGGCUGAGCGCGCCGAGCAGAAGCGCAUCAAGAAGAUGCUGGAGGAGGAGGAGAAGGAGCGCCGCCGUCGCGAGGCCGAGGUCGCCAAGGAGACGGAACGCCUGCGCAAAUUGUACGGCGUCGAGGGCCAGGAGCUCCCUUCCGGCCGCCCCUCCCACCCACCACGGACCGCCGCCCAGCCGGUGCCUCCUUCGCCGGGCCCCCCGCCGGUUCACACGGCCGCUGCCCCGGGCGGGUCGCCCCAGCAGCAACUCAGCCCCUGGGGGUGCGGAGCGCCGCCCGCCCUACCCCCGAGGCCGGUCAGCGCGGGGCCGUACUCGUGCCCGCCGCCUCCGUCCCUCGUUGGGGGAGGGGGCCACGGAGGGCAGAAGCCGCAGCAGCAGGGACCGUUUCACUCCAGCACGCUGAAUGCGCUGUGGAAGGGAGCCGCUGACGGGCUGCACCAGUUGCAGAGCCAGGGCCAUGGUCAGGGUCUCAGGCCGUCGGGGAGGAGGAAGUCGGAGGAGGAGAGGAAGAGGGUGCAGAAGAAGAGCAGCUCGCAUUGGUAGCGGCCAAUCUAGGGGAAGCGGAGGACUCUCGUUUCGGAAUCAAUCAGUGUCCUGGAGGGGGCAGGGAGCUGGUGCCUUCCUCUUCUUUCGCGCGCGCGCGGAGGGGAGAGGGGAAAGGG